AUGGAAGCGGUUAAUUGGGCUCGCGAUUUACAAGACCAACCGCCUAACAAAUUACACGCCCAAGAAUUCGCCGAAGAAGUUAAAAGCAAGUUCGGUAAGUCAAAAAACAUCGAAGUGGAGGUUUUGGAAAAAAAAGAGAUUGAAAAAAAUAAAAUGGGUUUAUUGCUAGCCGUUAAUGCUGGUAGUCAUCACCAACCACGAGUAGUUAUUUUACGCUACAAAGGAAAUCCAAAAAGUAAAGAUAUUUUGGGAUUAGUGGGAAAAGGAAUUACUUUUGACAGUGGCGGUUAUGAUUUAAAACCUUCUCAAUAUCUCCAAUGUAUGAAAUUUGACAUGUCCGGAGCUGCCGUGGUAUGUGGUUCUUUCUUUGAUUUAAUUCAAAAAAAACCGAAAAUAAAUGUAGUGGCGGUGGUUUGUUUGACCGAAAAUGCGAUUGGUGGUCAUGCUACUCUCACUGAAUCAGUUAUAACUUCUAUGAGCGGUAAAACAGUUGAAAUUAACAAUACUGAUGCCGAGGGUCGCCUAGUUUUAGCAGACGGAAUUACCUAUGCUAUCCAAAAAGAAAAAGUCACUAAAAUAAUCACAGUGGCUACCCUAACCGGAGCCUGCGUUUUGGCUUUGGGAGAAAAUACUACCGGAGUUAUGACUAAUAAUCCAAAAUUUUAUCAGCAAUUUUUCCAAGCCAGUCAAAAAGCCCAAGAGCGAAUUUGA